GUGUAGGUAAGCCUGAUGGGGCAGAGGACAAGCCUAACUGCUGCCUUCUCUCUCAGGGUCCCUGUGAAGGAAGCACUCCCUGGCAUCAUUAAGCAGGGGAUGAACUGCUUAGAAUCUCAGGGCCAGAACACAGCUGGUGACUUCCUGCUUGGAAUGGGGAUCUGCAGAGGGUCUGCCAAGAACCCCCAGUCUGCCCAGGCCUGGCUGUUCAGUGACCACCUCAUCCAGCAGCAGGGGAAGUGCCUGGCUGCCACCUCCACCUUGAUGUCCUCUCCCGGAUCCCCCGUCACACUGCAGAUGUGCAACCCUAGAGAAGGCAAGCAGAAAUGGAGGAGAAAAGGAUCUUUCAUCCAGCACUCAGUCAGUGGCCUCUGCCUGGAGACGAAGCCUGCCCAGCUGGUGACCAGCAAGUGUCAGGCUGACGCCCAGGCCCAGCAGUGGCAGCUGUUGCCACACACAUGACGGUAGCCCUGGGGCCUCCUGUACCUUUUGCAUGAGACUUUGGGGCCGGAAGGGGGUUAGGGUAGGGGAGUGCAAAGUGGGCCGUUCCCAUCCCCUCACAUUUCCGCCGGGACCAUCAGCAAACACCCACCACCACACACGUUCUCCAAAGCUUGUUCCAGGAGGGCGCAGGUGGGCAUGCCCCAUGCCCUCAGCGCUGUCCUGGCCUUGCCCCCGGGAGAGGAGAUGGUCAGGGUGCCAGACUAUUGCCGGGUAGAGACUGAGUAGGUGCCCCUGGCCCUUUGUCCUCUCCCUUGGCACUUCUUGGGGCUGGGACUAUAGUGUGUGGUCUCUCCCUUGUCACUUGAGGAGAGCAAGGACAGAAGGCCACAUGGGGGCCUGUUGGGUCAUGAGGCCCAGUGGUGUGGGCAGGCAGGGCGAGGAGAAAGUGGGCAGUGUGGAUGGAGAGGCUGAAGGCUGGGAAAAGAGGGAAGAAGGGGAGAGGGGCAGCCUGCAGGGGCAGGAAAAGAACAGGAAGGAAGUAAGAAGCCCAGUGACCUGUCAGAGAUGCCAAGCCCAGGGUGCUGCUGGGUUGGAUGGGGGAUGGAUGGGAUCUUGGCAGCAAGAAUGGGUAAUUUGCAAUGAAUGUGGAUAGAAGAGCAGCAAAGCCCCAAAAGAACAAGGUCUCUUCCCCAGGACACAGUCCCUUCCACACUUUACCAGCCCCAGGGCCUGAGCCCAACGCUGUACCUCGGUCCUGUGCCUGCGGGUGCCAUGUUCCUGAGCAAGAGGCUCAAAGGGAUCUCUAGGGGAAGACUCCAGCUUAGUUUAUCAGACAGACUCCACUUCUUUUUGGCCAUGUGUCAGGCUGAGACCGCUCUCUCGGGCAUUAAUGAAGGGCUAGUGCCCUGUCCCUGCCGUCAGGUCCCAUUGAAAAGACAUGUAGCCGCACACAUCCUUGAGUAGCCGCAGCCUCGUUUGUCAUUUUUGACUCCUGCUUUCUCAAAGCUUUUUGCCUCUUUCAAUACAGCAUCAUGGAUCAGUGUGGUUGGAAAGAAGGGACCUCCUUUCUGGACUAUGAACAGCCCCUACGUCAUUAGAGGCUAAGCCAUCCAGGCUCAGCCUCACCUUUAUUCCCCUCCCCACUACAGGAGGGAUUUUUUUGAAGGAUCAGCUAUUACACUGGGCUGGGAGGCUGGCUGUGGUUCCUGUUUGUGUAGAGAACUCCCAGUUCCUUUCCACAGCCACUGAGAGCAUAUUCACACAUCUACCCCGCGGCCUUGUCUUGGAACUGCUCCUGCUAUCCCCACUCCUUUCUUCCCUCACCCCACUGGCUCAGGAAGUGUGACCUUGGGCAAAUGAUUGUUGGCACCAGGACCCUGGGAGUCUCCCUAUAAAGCAGACCAGCCUGGGGCAGAUACAUCCACUACAGGAGCCCCCUGUCUUUCAUAGGCCAAGGAUCCACACACCCAUAGAGAAUUCAUGGAUUCCAGAGGGUCUAGGAAUCUCCUGAAAUUGUCCCUAAAAUAUUGCAUGUGUGUGCAUAAACGCAUUUUCCUGGGGAAAGAGUCCAUGGCUUCUUAAAGAGGUCCCUGAUCCCCAAAGGGCCUGAACCUCUGCUCUGGAUUGAAGCCACUGUCUGCCCAAGCUGCCAUCUCCCAGCCUCCCUCCCUGGUGUGCUCAAACCACCAUUGCCUGCUCCCUCCACGAGGCCCUUGAGGUCAGCGGCCAAGUGUCGGCAGCCAAGUGUCGGUGGUCCACAGCACCUGCUCUGGAGGGCUCUCCAGCAGUUUCGUCUCCUCUCACCAGCGUCCUCUUAGCAGCGCUCCUGUGCCCAAGUGCAGCCCCCUGGACUUGCCAGCGCAGGGCCCUUCGCCCCAGGGCCAUGCUUCACCCGUCCUCUGUCGUGAUGUUUCAUCCACAGCCAGGUGCAGCCUCAGAUCCUCUGUUCAUCUGGGAAGCCUCCUGCCACAGCUUAGGACUGAACUGGACCCAGGGCAAAGGCCUCUCCCCAGAGGAUGGACUAGGAGGCCUGGGCCACACUCGGGUGUGGACCUUUGGGGCUGGGGAGCGGUGGCUGCUUCUGUCGACUGUAAGAGGGCUGCUGACCAGAGGGCCUUCGAGAGGGUCUCUCCCUCCUUUGCUGUGGUCAGGCCAGGCUCUGCACUUAUCGGCCGGUCCUUUGUGGCAACUCAGCUCUAUUCUGUUUUUGCUUUUCCUCUUUUUGACCAAAGCAUGUGCCACUAGCUGUCCUUGAGGACUUCGUCUUUAUGAAACACACGCCUGGAAUAAAACCACUUCUUACAUGUC